CUUAGAACAAGUUUCUGCCAUCAAAACAGCUUAAGCGAACUGCCUCUCCUUUUGUGAAUAUUUCCUGAGACUAAAUAAUAAAGUUUGCACAAGAUCAAUGUGGAUGUUAGAAUUCAAAGCUGGAAGAUGAUGACAGCGAGGAAUAACCGUAAAGCAUUGGUAUUUUUCUGGACUCUGAUUCUGUGUUGUCCUUCAUUUACCUAUGCUGCUCUGAAUUGGGAGGUACAGCGAUAUGAUGGAUGGUACAAUAAUCUUGCCCAUCACAGCAGAGGGACAGUAGACACCCCCUUUGUUCGCCUGCUGCCAGCUCGUUAUGCUGAUGGAGUUUACGAAGUUUUCCGAGAACCAGAAUUACCAAAUGCUCGCAUGAUCAGCAAUGUGGCAAUGCAAGGGAAGUCGGGAAUACCAUGUUCCAAAAACCGAACUGUCCUGUUUGUCUACUUUGGGUUUCACGUCUUUGAUGAAAUUUUGGAAGCGGUUGGAAAUGGAUGCCCUGCUGAAUUUCUUAACAUUCAGGUUCCUUCUGGAGACCCAGUUUUUGAUCCCAAUAGCACAGGGAGGGUGGAGCUUCCAUUUCAGCGCUCUCGAUGGACAACCAAGUCAGGACAAAGUCCAAACUACCCCCGAGUGCAGAUAAACCAUGUCACCACCUGGAUCGACGGAAGUUCUAUCUACGGAUCAUCACAUUCUUGGAGUGAUGCCCUGCGCACCUUCUCUGAUGGACGUCUGGCUUCUGGCCUAGACCCACAGCUGCCGAGGCAAAGUGAUGGAUUGAUUCGUUUGUGGAAAUUUGCAGAUCCUGCAACCAAACAACAUGGAGUUCAGGGACUUUAUGAUUUUGGAAAUGCAAAAGCAAAUGAGAGUCCAUUCCACCAAGCAGAGAACAUCAUUUGGUUUCGAUACCACAACUAUUUAGCUUCCAAACUCCAAGAGCAAAAUCCCACAUGGACAGAUGAAGAGAUAUUCCAGAAUGCCAGAAAACGAGUAAUUGGCACCUUCCAGCGUAUCCUGUUUUACGAGUGGCUACCGGCCUUCAUUGGAGAAAAUGCGUCACCAUACCCAGGCUACAAGAAAUAUAUAGAUCCGAGCAUUUCACCUGAAUUCCAAGCUGCGGCUAUUCGAAUAAUGAACUCCUUGGUUCCUGCAGGUGUCUAUAUGAGGAACAGAACAUGCCACUUUCGACAGGUUAAGAAUGUUUAUAACAGAGAAGAUCCAGCACUUCGUGUCUGCAAUAACUUCUGGAGUCGAGAGAAUUCGAAUUUUAAGAAAGCAGAGGACAUAGAUGAGCUGAUACUGGGAAUGGCAUCGCAGCAAGCUGAAGAAGAAGACAAUAUUGUGGUGACAGACCUAAGAGACUUUAUGUAUGGACCUAUGAGGUUCACACGAUCAGAUGCAGUAGCCCUCGACAUCCAGCGGGGACGAGAUAAUGGUCUCCCAAGUUAUAACCAAGUACGGAUAGCUCUUGAUCUUGAGCCUGUUAAAAAUUGGACAGAAAUCAAUGCUGAGCUCUCCAGGGAGAAUCCAGAGCUCAUUGAGCAAUUAGCAGCACUAUACAAUAAUGACAUAUCCAAACUGGAGAUGUUUGUCGGAGGCAUGCUGGAGAACAGUGAGAAGCCUUCACGACUCUUCACUGCCAUCAUCAGAAAGCAGUUUGAGAACUUACGGGAUGCAGACAGAUUUUGGUUUGAAAACACCAAGAAUGGCAUUUUUACAGAAACGGAGCUUGAUACCAUUUGGAACACAACAUUUAGAGAUGUUUUGGUGGCAACAACAAUUGCAGAGCGUGAGGAUAUUCAGAAUAACGUAUUCUACUUGAGGGAAGGUGACCCAUGUAUUCAACCAAAGCAGAUUAAUGCCAGUGAUAUGGAACCGUGUGUUAAAGUCAGCACCCUGCAUUACUUCCAAGGCAGUGGAGCAGGUUUUGGAAUACUCAUUGUGGCUCUUUGCUGUUUCCCACUAGCGGCCCUGCUUUUAGCUUUCACUAUAUCUCUUGAUCGAAGGAGAGAAAAGAAAAGAUUACAGAACAAGAGACGUUCUGUAAAGAAACAGGCCUCUUCAGGAGAUAAAAUCCAAGCCAGAGAAUGGCAAGGGCCCAAGGAUACACCGCGGUAUGUCAGCGUUGUCUUGGACUCCAACAAGUGCAUUAAGGUCAUGGACAGUAAACGUUCUGUGAUCCGAAACAUCAAGCUUAGCCAGGACCACUUCGAUAUUAUUCAAUCCACCAAUAAUGAACAAAAGACCUUGUUGCUGAAGAUCCCCAAGGAAUAUGAUCUGGUUCUGAUGUUUAAUGAUGAAGAUGAACGUGACAUAUUUGUGGAAGAUUUUAAAAAUUACCUUAAUAGUCAUGGCAUACCUCUGCUGGUGCAUGAAGUGAAAGAACGAACUCUGUUGAAGGAAGCUGUGACAAAGGAACAACGGAUAAAGAUCUUAGAUACGUUCUUCCGUCGUGUUUUUGCCCAGGUUCUGGAGAUUGAUGGGUCUGAUGCCGGAAACUUUGAUUAUGAAAUCUCCAAGAAAGCAAAAGAGUCUCUGACCUGUGAGCUGACGAAGACAGAAUUUGCAGAGGCACUGGGAGUAAAGGAGGACAGCAUGUUUGUAGAGCAGAUGUUUAGCCUGGCAGACAAAGAUGGAAAUGGCUACCUCUCUUUCCGGGAGUUCCUGGAUAUCUUUGUUAUUCUGAUGAAAGGUUCUCCGGAAGCAAAAUCUAAGCUCAUGUUUGCAAUGUACGAUGUUGAUGGAAAUGGUUCCAUGUCAAAAGAGGAGUUCUCACAACUACUUAGAUCCUUCAUUGAGAUCUCUAACAACUGCUUGACAAAGGAUCAAAUACAAGAGGUGAUAGAGUCAAUGUUCAAAGAUGCUGGAUUUGAAGAUAAGGAGGAGUUAAUGUGGGAGGACUUCCAUUAUUUGUUUCGAGAUCAUUACAGCGAAUUGGAGUUGGCUCACAUCCCUGUGAAAGGUGUUGAAGGGCAGAAACGUGACCAAUCCACUCGGGUUUCCUUCAUAAUGAGGAAAAAGCAAAGAAACACGGCAGAACCCACCGAAGGCAAACAGGUGGAGACCAACCACCAGGAGGAAAUGAAUGCCCCAAGCCACGAGGGCAUUGUAAUGGACCUGCGGAAACGGUUUCGCAAAAAAUCUUCCCAACCACCUAACAGAGUCUUUGCAGAGGCCAAACGGGAGAAGUAUACCAAGAACAAAUUUCAACAGAUAAUUAAUGAAUGUAUUCAGUAUGUUCAGAACCAUCAACGCCAGAUUUUUUGUGUCAUAAUCUUCUACGGUAUUACAGCCGGUGUCUUUGUUGAGCGUGCCUAUUACUAUGCUGUUUUAAGGGAGCACUCUGGAGUACCUCAAACCACAAGGGCUGGCCUCAUCAUUGCCCGUGGAUCAGCAGCUGCAGUCUCCUUCAUGUACUCGUACCUCCUGCUUACUAUGUGCCGCAAUCUCAUCACGGUGCUGCGUGAAACCUUCCUCAACCGCUACAUUCCCUUUGAUUCAGCCGUUGACUUUCAUCGUUGGGUUGCAAUGUCUGCUAUCAUCUUCUCAAUACUCCACAGUGCAGCUCAUGCGGUUAAUAUCUACUCAUUUUCUGCUAACCCACUCAGUGUUCUUGCCUGCCUCUUCCCUGAAGUAAUUUAUGAUGAUGGAUCUGAAGUGCCCCUGAAAUAUUACUGGUGGUUCUUUCAGAACAUUACAGGAAUGACUGGGGUUCUUCUUCUUUUCUUCUUUUCUUUUCUACACAUCUUUGCCUUGCAUUAUUUCCGACGCAGUAGCUUUCGAGCAUUCUGGGUGUCACACCAUCUCUAUAUUGCAAUAUACAUCUUGAUCAUCUUACAUGGUAGUGCUGCUUUGCUUCAGCCUCAGAGAUUCCACAUCUACUUUAUCGUUCCCACUCUGUUCUUUGUUGGGGACAAAUUUGUCAGCUACAGCAGGAAGAAAAUUGAGAUAGCUGUUGUGAAAGCACAGCUUCUGCCUUCAGGUGUUACUAACCUUGAAUUUAAACGACCCAGAGAUUUUGACUACAUGUCUGGUCAGUGGGUACGUAUUGCAAGUCUUGUCUUGGGAACGAAUGAGUACCAUCCCUUCACCCUGACUUCAGCUCCUCAUGAAGACACCCUUAGCCUUCACAUCCGGGCUGUUGGACCAUGGACAAUGCGCUUACGGGAAAUAUACUCUGCUGAAAAUUUAGCAAGUAUUGGUUAUUACCCAAAGAUCUAUCUGGACGGCCCAUUCGGGGAGGGCCACCAAGAAUGGAACAAGUUCGAAGUGUCAGUUUUGGUAGGAGGUGGGAUUGGUGUGACGCCUUUUGCAUCUAUCCUCAAAGAUCUUGUCCACAAGUCAACAAUCAAGGGCAAAAUAUCAUGUAAAAAGAUCUACUUUAUCUGGGUGACUCGAACGCAGAGGCAAUUUGAAUGGUUGGAGGACAUCAUCCGUGAAGUUGAAGAGACAGACAAAAAUUCCCUGGUAUCUGUCCAUAUCUACAUCACUCAGCUAGCAGAGAAGUUUGACCUGCGGACCACCAUGCUUUACAUUUGCGAGCGCCACUUUCAGAAAGUGUCAAACCGUAGCUUGUUCACUGGACUUCAAUCCAUCACACAUUUUGGACGUCCUCAAUUUGUCCCUUUCUUCUCUUCACUUGUGGAUGUGCAUUCUGAGGUUACCAAGGUUGGAGUGUUUAGCUGUGGACCUCCUGGAAUGACCAAAAAUGUAGAAAAAGCCUGCAAGGAUAUGAACAAGCGGCAUAAAAUGCAAUUUCAUCAUCACUACGAGAACUUCUAGCUUUGCAGAUCUUCUACAAGAACUUCUGAAAAAUUCAGCUUUAUAAAUCUUCCUUAAAGUGAAGGAAUACUUUGUAUAGAUUGGAUAUGUUGUUUCUUUCACUCACCUUGUGGUAGUUUAUACUGACUGUUCCUAAUCUCGCACUGGGAUCUAUAAAUCUGACUUUUAUGAAAAAAUAUUUUUCAAUUGUUAAGCAUAUAUACAAAUAAAUGUUAUGUCAAUUGAUUUGUUAAUCCAUUUGUGAGACGUUGUCCGAUGAAUUGUGAAUAGUUAAACAGGAUUUCGAAUUAGAUUUA